AAUGCGCUGACAGUCGUGAAACGCAAGGUAAACAGUUAACAGCUAAAAUGGCUCGAACGGUCGUUGCGAUUCUCUUUUUCGUUCUGGCAAUAACUGCCAUUUCAGCAAUACAAAGUGAAUCUUCAGAUGAAGUGCUUCAGUUGGCCUACAAUCCAACCUACGAUCUGUGGUUCUUUUUGCCAAGUGGCAGACCCGGUAAACUCAGUGCAGAAGUUAAAGAUGCCUACAAUCAAAGACGACCAGGAGGCGUGUGCUUUAAACAAGUAGAUGACUGGUUCUAUUGUGCAACUGGAGAAAAAAUACAGUAGUACUCACUAAUUAGUUAUAAUUACAAUUUCAUUGUUGAGCAUCCGAAAUUACCUGCAAAGAGAGAG